AUGUCCUUCGUUCGAGCAUCCCUCACCCUCCUCCAGGCAGUAGCCUACCAGUAUGCCAUGACGCCUCCCAACCCUACACCGAAAAAAGGACGUUAUCAUACUGAAGAGUUAUACAUUCUUCAAAUCGCACCUUUAAUUUUUUGGCUGCACUCCGUAGCGCUGUGGAUCUUCGCCGUCUUCGAGACGCUGCUUUACCUCACCACCAUAUAUCCCGUCGAGAAAAUGUCCAGCUACGCAUCGCUCGCCGUCUGUCCCGCGGCUUCUUCGCCGAGUACACUGCCUCAUCUCAUACCAACGACACUCUUCUGCAUUGGUUCCGCUUCCAUCCUGACGGGGGCACUCAUUCGUCUUGAUUGCUUCCAUACACUCGGUGAACUAUUCACCUUCGAUCUCACCGUCCAUCCUGCCCACAAACUCGUCAAGACGCGCUUAUAUGGGAUGGUACGACAUCCAGCAUACACAGGUUCGCUGUUGCUCGUCGCCGGUAUUGCUCUCACGCACUUUACGCGUGGGGGGUGGGUAACGGAGUGCGUCUUUAAUGACCAAAGCGGCUGGGGCAUGAUCGGCAUGUACGUAUUAUGGGGAGUCUGGUGGUCAUGGACAGUAUCAGUGGGAAUUAGCAGGGCCGUUGCGGAGGACAAGCAAAUGAAGCUCUUGUUCGGCGACGAGUGGGAACAAUAUGCUCGAGAUGUGCACUGGUGGUUCGUCCCGUGGCUGAUUUGA